UAAAUUUCGAUAAGAAAAAUAGUCGAACCAGUUGGCAGUCCUGAAAAAUUACCCAAAUAUGUCACAUAUUUUACCUGUGUGGCAACCCCCUAAUAAACGUCAAAUAUUUCCUUUCUUUUUUCAGCCUCUUUCCGGUCGGUCUGCAGUGUUGUCGUCAAAAUGCGAACGAUCAACUCGAAUCAGUGUGUCAAGAUCCCCAAGGAUAUUAAAGCCUCAGUGAAGGCCCGUGUUGUCACAAUCACCGGCACCAGAGGUACGCUGAAGCGCAGCUUCAAGCACCUUGCUCUGGACAUGUACAUGUCCGACAAGCGUACUCUGAAAGUUGAGAAAUGGUUUGGCACUAAGAAGGAACUCGCUGCUGUGCGCACAGUGUGCAGUCACAUUGAGAACAUGAUCAAAGGUGUGACAUUUGGCUUCCAGUACAAAAUGCGUGCUGUGUACGCUCAUUUCCCCAUCAACUGCGUGACAUCCGAGCAAAACACAGUCAUCGAGAUCCGUAACUUCUUGGGCGAGAAGUACAUUCGACGCGUCGAGAUGGCUCCCGGUGUGACAGUUGUCAACUCGACGGCCCAAAAGGAUGAGCUUAUCGUUGAGGGCAACGACAUCGAGGCUGUGUCUGGCUCAGCAGCUCUUAUCCAGCAGUCGACCACCGUAAAAAACAAGGAUAUCCGAAAAUUCUUGGAUGGUCUGUACGUGUCGGAAAAGACGACCGUCGUGAAGACUGAAGCUUAGUGUUGGGAUACCUUUUGCUUCAUAUGAAAGUUUUAAUAAUAAAUGAAAUUGCUGGUAACAACUUUAAAACAACAA